CCCCCUCCUCAAAAGAGUGCAAAGCCUGAAAAGAAAAGAAAAAAGAAACCCAAGAGAGUGGGUGGAGGUCCAAAUCGUUUCGAUCGGUUAUCUUUUCUUGAUCGAAGUCCGUGGGUAGGCUGCACAAGUUGGGGUGUCCGCCUCUGAGGCUCGUUUGUCGGCCCUAAUGCACGUUAACGUGGCACCGCAUGGAAGCAAGUCGACUUCGUAAAGUUCCAACGGAGGCGGAUACUUAGUUGUGGAGAGAAGGAACACACACGAAGUCUGUUCGCCAUGGCCCACGGCACUACCACCAUCCAGUAUGAGCGACUGGCGGAGAUUGGCGGCGGCGCUUACGGGACCGUUUAUAAGGCUCGUGACACAGAGAGCGGUCAGUUCGUGGCUCUCAAAAGCGUGCGAGUCCAGACGGACAAUAACGGCCUCCCCACUUCCACGGUCCGAGAGGUGGCUCUGUUGAAACGACUGGAACAGUUUGACCACCCCAACGUGGUCAGGCUCAUGGACGUCUGUGCCACCCAGAGGUCCGAGCAAGAGACGAAAGUCACUUUAGUUUUUGAACAUGUGGACCAAGAUCUCAAGACAUAUUUGGAGAAAGCCCCAGCUCCGGGGUUAGAGCCUGGACGUAUCAAGGACCUGAUGAAACAGGUGCUAUGCGGUUUGGCAUUCCUGCACUCAAACCGUGUAAUGCACAGAGACCUGAAACCAGAGAAUAUUCUGGUAACCAGCCAGGGCCAGGUGAAGUUAGCAGACUUUGGACUGGCCCGUAUGUACAGCUGCCACAUGGCCCUCACUCCUGUGGUGGUGACACUAUGGUAUCGGCCUCCCGAGGUUUUGCUGCAGUCGAGCUACGCCACACCUGUGGACAUCUGGAGCUGCGGCUGCAUCUUUGCGGAAAUGUUCAAACGCAAGCCCUUGUUCUGUGGAGAAUCUGAAGUGGACCAACUCGGGAAAAUUUUUGAAGUUAUUGGUCUGCCACCAGAAGAGGAGUGGCCAACUGACGUGACACUUUCAAGGAAACACUUCCCCCCUUGCUCGGCCCGUCCAGUUACUGACUUUGUUCCAGAGAUAAAUGAGCAGGGGGCACAACUGCUGCUGCAAAUGUUGACGUUUAACCCUUCCAAACGAAUAUCUGCCCUGAACGCACAAGAUCACCCGUACUUCUGCAAUGAGGAGACUUUGACUCCGACAAAAAUCUGAGCGGCGACAACAGGAAAGGUAACGGUCCAGCUUUGGCCCAAAGACUUCCACAUUUAAGGAGUUUGGGCCUACUGCUCCCACUUUGAGAAAAAAAAUCCCACAUUCACAAGGAACAAAUGUAUGCAUCACUAAUUGAAGUUAACACCGCAUGACUUUGGUUUUUGUAUUUGUCAUAUGCCAACAUGUUGAAUGUAAAGUACAUACGGAAAGUAUUUACGUUUCUCGUCGCAGGCUAUUUCUAAAAUUGAGUACAUUAAUUUUUAUCCCUCAAAAUUCUACACACAAAACCCUAUAUUAGCAUAAUAUAAAAAUAAACCAAUUGAUUAAAAAAGAUCAAAAUCACAUGUAAAUAAAUAUUUGCAUCUUUUGCCAUUAAGCUGAAAUGUAGGCUUAAGUCCAUCCACUGUUCAUUGAUCAUUCAACAGAGUAUUUGAUUUAAUACAUUUGCAAACAUUAAAAAAAAAAAAGUUUUUCUCCUGUAAGUGGAAUUUUGAAGGUACAAUGCAACUAAUACAUUUUGGAGUAAGGCUACAUAGUAGAGGUGUGAUGAGAUCUCGUAUUACAAGAGAUAAAACGUUUCGAGGAAAGCUCCCCUGCGGGCAGAACGCAGUCAGUGUAAUACAGUGGUACCUUAACUUAAGAGUGCCCUAACUGUUUUUGUGUAUUUGGGAUUCCCAUAAGUCCCGAAAAUGUGAAAUCAAACCAUGGAGACAUGGCAGAGAUAUUUAUGAAACAAUCUUGCCUUCUUUAAGAUUUUAGUGACGUAUUUUGCCUUAGUCAGCGCAUAUCUCCAUAUAUGGUAGAGGUAUACCCAAAGAGCUUCGCCCAAGUCAACCAUUUUUAUUUUGUUGUAGUAAACAAUUUCCUUAUUUUUCUCUAUCCUCUUGUUGUGGGGAAGACUGGCUCGUACAUGCAUACUAAACUCCUCUGCUGUUGCCAUUUCUAGUACAAAGUAGAGUAUAGUUCCAGCUCAGGCCCGGUUUAUACUGCACACCGAAUCAGACUUUUUUUGCCCUCAAGUAACACAGAUGGGAUAUUUUUUGCUAGUCUAAACGCCCCAAAGUGAUAAAGGGGGAGUCUGAAACUGUCGGCAAUUUGAUCUUUUCAAAUGUGACUGCAGUCUAAACGGAAAUGCAACCUGAUUGCGACUUUAACCUCCUCUUUGGGCGAGCUACGUAAUUUGUGUGCGCUGUACGACCACUUUGCUUUUUUCAAUUCUUUUCUUCCUCGUACUGCAGUUGUUUUUCAUCAAGUGUCUAUCGAGUUACUUUGCUGUCACAUCAAAGAAAUUAUACCUUUUAAGUUCCGAUUUAGAUAUCAAAUGAAAGAUACAAUAAAAUAAUCACUUAAUUGUAGCGCCAGUGACCGGUAAACUCAUCUACAAUUACACAGAUCAACUUCCAGUCAACUUUCUUUGUUUUUGCUUUAUCAAACUGCCCAUGCAAGUGACGUCGAGGCCACAUUGGGACAUUUAUACUGGAGUCUGAUAAAGAUCACAUUUACACAGUUAGCUGUUUGGGCCACUUUGGCCUGCAGUGUAAACAAAGUCUAAUACCUGUCAGACUCAGUAUGCGAGCACUAUAAACUACAACGUUGCUGACGGGGUGGAGACGCAGUCGAAGAGGGCCUCGCCUGGACGUGGACUUUGGCCCUUAAAAAAGACUUCCCACAAAACGGCGUGUAGGUAGGUGGGUCUUUAUUGUCAUUGCACAAGUACAACGAAACUUUGUUUUCAGCACAAACCCGUUCAAGAUUAGACAAACAAACAAUUUACAGGGUUACAGAACAGGAACGCUGAUGGGUCGCCGCAAGGCGCCCCGUAAAAGAUGGGGAAAAAGGUAAACGGUGGGGGAGGAUGAGUAAAAAAAAUACAAUUGAGACUGGGCUCCAGAGGGGGUUCAGUCUGGAGUGGGGAAAAAAACUCCAUAGCAAAGCACAUAUACAUAUUACAACAUACAACUCAAGACUUGCAACAGACGGGAGGGAGUAGUGGCUACGGUAUUCUAAAGAAACAGUCAGAAAGCUGCUUAAAGGCAGUCUGUAAAACAAAAUCUACGCACAGUUUUGACCAAAGUACCACCGUUACAUGUUAUGUUGACCACAAGGAAGUGUUUUAGGCCAUGUCCACAGGAACACAGAUACUUAAUAAAUGCAUACCGUAUUUUUCGGAGUAUAAGUCGCACCGGAAUAUAAGUCGCACCUGCUGAAAAUGCACAAUAAAGAAGGAAAAAAACAUAUAUAAGUCGCACUAGAGCCCGGCCAAACUAUGAAAAAAAACUGCGACUUAUAGUCAAAAAAUACGGUACUUAUCUCUGCGUUUAGGCCUCUUGUCCACACGCAGAAGCAUACUUUUGUCUUUAAAAACGCAGACUUUUGCAAACGUUGGCAAAAGUGGAGAGAUACAAAACUCUCCGCUUAGCGUAUGCGUGUACGCGGCACAAACGGAGACUUGUGACGACGUCACGGUUGUGCGCUGUCAUUUCCAAGCUCAACACUGCCUUGCUGGCUUUAAACACACUAUAAGAUGACUUACUGUAUGUUUGAAUGUGAACAUGCUGCUAUUUUCACUCAACAAUAAUAAAAAAGACACAUCAAAAUGGGCUUUGCGACACUCCCGCCGGCACUAAUGACAGUCAGCUGUUUUGGAUAUGAUCGCUGUGGAACCUCCACCUGAUGGGACAACUUUGACAAGCAAGACUUUUUGCUCUGUGUCAUAAGAAAUGUGCAACAUUAUUUUAUGUUUUUAGUCCUUUUUUAACGACAAAUCAUGAAGUUAACUUACGUGUCUUGCUUCCAUUUUUUAGAUGGAGCUCGCGCGUAAAAAGCGACCAAGUAACUAAAAAAAACCAUAAUGUAGCGUCCGCCUUGUGGUGUGUACUGAUGUUAAAGACAAUAUACACUUCAUUACACAUGUACCAUAUCACUAUAUCCAUGAUUAAAUGCUUUAUAAUUCCCUUAAACAUGCAAAAUGGUUUCUUUGGCUCGUUAGUGCGUGCUGAUUUUAGAAAUAAUGUAGACUUCACUGCACUGCAAAAACUGAAAUCGAAGUAAGAUGAAAUAUCUCAAAUAAGGGUGAUAUUUGCUUAUUUUCUGUCUGAUAAGAUAAUUCUUCUCACUAAGCAGAUUUUAUGUCAGUGUUUUACUUGUUUUAAGGGUUUUGGUCCUAAAUUAUCUCAGUAAGAUAUUACAGCUUGUUGCUGAGAUUUUAUGACCUAUAUUGAGUAAAACAUGCUUGAAACUAGAAUUUCAACUGUUGCAAAGUAUAAAACAACUUUUUUAAAGUAAUAAUUUCUUAUUUCAAGCAUGAAAAAAAAAUCAUGACUUUGACACAAUUGUGUCUCAUAAUUAAAACAGAUGACAGCCAAAUGGACUUUGCUGUUUUAUUUUCAAUGAAACAAUAGAAAACACGUACUCUUAUAGUAGUACAGUUGGCACAGUACAGUAAACUGACAGUUAAUAUUUAAACAUUGUGACAUUUCUAACAAUUUUGAACAGAAAUAGUUCAUGCACAUUCAGAUGAAUUCUUCAAAAUUACAACUAAAAAAUGUUUGGCCAGGGGCCGGGCUGUAUAUAUGUGCACUAAUUGACUGAAAGAGCACGCACGAGACGCGAAGAUGUCACGUUAUCGAUGAAAAAAUGCAUUUUUAGACCAUAUGAUUUGCCUGAGCGGCUAGUAGACCCCGAGAGUAACACGCGGUUGCCUUGUUGCCUUUCCAUUAAGAACAAAAAAUUAGUUUUUAGUAUAAGUUUGCUGGUUUCAAAAAAUGUAAUGCAGAGCGCAUGUCAUUAUGUCAAGAUAAUGGCACUAGCUUUUACUUAAUUUAAGAAUAUUUUUCAACAUAUUGAGCAAAAAGGUCUCUUUUUUUUCUAUCAAGAAAAGUGCACUUGUUAUUAGUGAGAAUAUACUUAUUUUAAGGUAUUUUUGGGUUCAUUGAAGUUAGCUGAUUUGACUUGUUUUGGAAAGUCUUGACAAGCCAAAUUUUCUUGUCCUAUUGGCAGAUAAUUUUGCUUAGUUCAAAUAAAAUACCCCUAAUUUUUGUAUUUUUUUUUCUUGUUUUUGAACACUGACUUUUUGCAGUGCAUGUAAUACAUCACCAUGUUGCUAAACACGUUAUAAUUCUAUGAGUGUUGGGUUUCAGCAGCACGGCGUGCUUUCGCUCUUUAAUAAUGUUCCCAGGGCUCUGUGUACGUGCAUUGUCAUUGUACAUCUAAAGUCGAUCAAAAUAAACAUAAUAGGAAGUGUAAUGCCACCAAGUCCGAUAUUGCUGCUUUUUUCAGGCUUCUGAUUGGACAAAACGUGCAUAACAGCAGGUGUAUGCGUUUGUGCGUAGACAUAGACAGUUUUGAAACUACAAAUGUGUGGAUGGAGAUUGUUUUAACCCCAAAUAUGUGUUUUUGAAACUCUCUGUGUUCGUGUGGACAUGGCCUUAAAUGUAGACGAAAAAUCACAAUAUGGCCGCUUUUAGAGGUGUUUUGAGAUAAGAGCUCUCUCGGCUAGUUGUUAUGCUUUAAAUUGCACGUAACAACUUGAGUUGAAAGCAUCCCCGCAGUCUGUUGGUGUGGCGAAUGUCACAGUGAACCACAUAACAUCCUGUCUUACUCUCUAGCAUUGCACCACAUACAUUUGUAUUCCAUCCAUUGGAGUGAAGAAAGCGAGUGUGAAGGACAGUGCUGGAAAAAAAAGAAGCAACGUUGAUUUAAAAUACAAAUGUUUUGAGUUGGGAGCUCCGACACAGAAUCAAUUAAGUUCGAAAGUUAAGGUACGACUGUAGUCAGAAGCAGAUCCGUCUGGCCCCAGAAAAAAAAACACAAUUCUAUGCCAUCUGAGCAAGUGAGCAAGAUAACUAGAGAUCUCGCAAGAUUAAAACGUGACAAUAUCUGUCAUUUAGGGAAAAGUGGUCUGGAGGGCAUAACGCACACACAGUGGUCUUUUUUUGUUUGUUUUUGUUUUUUAAUAGUCAGAAGCAUAUCUGUCUGGCUGUGUGUGAGAGAUUGGAACCACACUUAAGUGCUUUGCGCACACUACAAACCGAGAACUAGCAAAUAGAUCUAGACGCAACAUUUUUUGUGCAGGCGGUGCCACUCCACUGCGCGGGCGGGUGGGUCGGGGAGUUCAGCCACCGCGUCC